AUGGAUCCUUUGUUUUACGAUGAUUUGGAAUACGGUUCUUCAUUACUUCAAUCACCAAUCGCUAAAAAAGACCUUUACACAACACUGAAUGAAAAGUUGCAUGGAACAACAAAAGACAACAAAGAGCGGAAUGUAAAUGGAAAUACAAAGAGCAGUAAUUUGGAGAUGAAAAGUAUUUUGAAGAAGAGUAAUCACAUUAAAUAUGAUGGUUAUUACACACCAACCACUCUACACUAUCAAUGCAAUCAUAUGGAUUAUAAGCCAAAUUGUUUCAAUCGUAUAAUUCGUCCAUGUGUAGCAGAAUUUAUUGCUGUAUUCUUAUGUAUUUUCAUUGGAAAAGUGAUGGAAAAUGAGUUGGUAGUACAUAUCAUAUCGUCAAGCACUGAACGAAUCAUUCUGCAAGCUCUUGUCGAUUCAGUGGUUAUGUUUGCCAUGGUUAUGGCUUUUCAAACCGUACAUUUGAAUCCGGUGAUUACCUUGGCUGAAUUCUUUGCACUCACCACUGCUUGGCCCAUGUGUUGCGCUAUGGUCAUCAUGCAAAUGCUUGGCUCUGUGACUGCUGUUGCUGGUUUUGCGGCGCUUCGGGCUGGUGAUUCAGAACUGCAGAUGCCCACAAUUAUACCUGGUAUUACCGUUGAUCGCAUAGGUGCUGCGUACCGUUUAGUCUUUUCUCAAUUUAUUGGUACUUUGUUAGUCGUCAUUACUCAUCUCCUCAUUACUACACGAACAGGUUUUGGGUUGACAGCUUUGGCACGGCCUGGACAUACUCCUCUCUCUGUUGUUGCCGCUGUGUUUGUUGCAUCAUUACUGUGUUUGCUGAAUUCAACCAUCGGAUGGAAUCCUUUACUAGCAUUUGCAUUAGCAAGCUAUAGUAGCAUUGACUGCAAUUUUCGACCUCUACAAAUGCAAGGGAUAUUCUGGAUUGGACCUUGUUUGGCCUCUCUUUUUGCAUGUUUCCUAUACAGAUUAUUGUUCGCUGCUAAGGAAUCUCGUUUGAUAAAAUGCACCGCGUGGAGUGGAAGUGAUCGCUUGUAGCCGUUGUUUUAAAAACAGUUAAUUCACUCAGUUACCUGUUUUUUGCCAUAUUUAUCUGUUGCUUUAACUCCCAAUUUCGGAAAUAUUUUUAUUCAUUUCGAAUAUGGUUGAAAAAUAAAAAGGAUCAAAG